ACGCGCGCGCGGCGGGGAGAGCGGUCUGCAGGCGCUUGACAUGGCGGCAGCGGCGGCGACUGCAGCGACCAAGGGGAACGGGGGCGGCGGGGGCCGAGCGGGGGCCGGCGAAGGCGGCGGCGGCGGCGGCACGCGGAAGAAGAAGGGCCCCGGGCCUGUGGCCACGGCGUACCUGGUCAUCUACAAUGUGGUGAUGACGGCGGGGUGGCUGGUGAUAGCGGUUGGGCUGGGGAGAGCAUACCUGGCUAAGGGGAGCUACCAUAGUCUUUAUUAUUCGAUAGAAAAGCCUCUGAAAUUCUUCCAAACGGGAGCCUUACUGGAGAUUUUACAUUGUGCUAUAGGAAUUGUGCCAUCUUCUGUUGUCCUGACUUCUUUCCAGGUGAUGUCAAGAGUUUUUCUAAUAUGGGCAGUAACACAUAGUGUCAAAGAGGUGCAGAGUGAAGACAGUGUCCUUCUGUUUGUUAUUGCCUGGACAAUCACAGAAAUUAUCCGUUACUCCUUUUACACAUUCAGUCUAUUAAACCAUUUGCCUUACAUCAUCAAAUGGGCCAGGUACACCCUUUUCAUCGUGCUGUACCCGAUGGGAGUGACAGGGGAGCUGCUCACAAUAUACGCAGCUCUGCCCUUUGUCCGACAGGCCGGCCUGUACUCCAUCAGCCUACCUAACAAAUACAACUUCUCCUUCGACUACUAUGCAUUCCUGAUCCUGGUAAUGAUCUCCUACAUUCCACUUUUCCCACAGUUGUACUUCCACAUGAUCCACCAGAGAAAAAAGGUCCUUUCUCACGCCGAAGAGCACAAGAAGUUUGACUAGCUCUCCACAGCGCCAACCCAAACCAGACUCUUCAACCAUCAGACAAUGCUGCAGACUUUUUGAGUUCCCAGUAAGGACUAUUUUUAGAGCAUUAAAAACAAAACGAAAUAAAAACCAAAAUCCAGUGUCACGUGGGCCUGGGAUUUUAUAAAAAAUAAAAAUAAAGAUAAAAAUGCAAAAGGCUGUUACCUAAAGCAUCCUAGCUGGUCCUUUCAGCACGCUGUAAGCAGAAGUUGCCAGAGUCUGUGAUGGCGCUAGAAGGGGUCAACACCCCGUCUCCUCCAUGUCCUUCAUGUAGCUAGCAAAUAAAGGCCUGGAGCCCUGAGUGCUCCAGAGUUGCAGUCUGAGCGAUGACGUGGCACCAGCUGACUGCCCAGCUCGCGGUAAAGUUAGCUUGCAGUCCGCUAACUUUGGGAAGGAAGCAUCCCCUUCCCAAAGUGCUUGACGGCAUGCUGGAAACUUUGUGCUUUUGAAGCGGCAGUUCGUGCUCUGGAAUGCUCUGAAGUUCUGGCUAGGACCCAGCCCCUCCUAUCUAGUGAAUGAGUUACAAGACGCACAUGCCUGUGAAGCAUUGGGUGGCAAGUGUCAGCAGAAAACCACUAAAGCCUUCCAUUUGUUCUCGAUCGAGUCAGGACUGCCUGCCACUCAGAGCCCCGCUUGAAUUUACUAAGUGUGCGUGUACUGUAAAGACCCUUGCGUGGAACUCGGCUUCAGUCAGAAUCUGACAAGCCACGGUGCCAGAGGAGAAAGCUCGGUACCCGCGAAGUGCUGACCACCUUCCGUCCUUCGUCCCUUGCCCAGAACCGGGUGUGUUCUCACGGACAGACCCAGAGCCCAUCUCUUCACACAGGAGGAGGAAAGCUGCAGUUAAAGGCACUUGGAAGGGGUAGCUUCACCACAAUCGCCCAGACAAGCAUUCAGAAAUAGGUUUCUAUACUUUUUUAGUUUAACCCUCUACUCUCCUGUGUAGGUUCCUCUCCUGACUGUGGUCCUGGGUUCAUUCCCACCAAGUUGUAAGUGCAGAGACAACAUACGUUUUAGGAGAAGCUAAGAGCAGUCUUGUCUCCUGUCUCCACAUGUCAGCGCAGCCUCCAGCUGGUUUCUGACCAGGGACACCAUCUAAUGAAUAAUGUCUCCAUGGCACCUAAUUGCCCAACUGUGUAUUAAGUCCCCUGAGGAAGGGUUUGGGGGAGACAGGCAAAACUCAAGUUACCGCCCAGCCCACUGCUCCCUCACAAUGCACCCAACAAAGUAUUCUUCCAGAAAUGGAAAGCAAGCUUCAGAUGAAAAUGUCAGGCCCAAGUCUGGAUGAGCACUCAAUUUUAAACUACCUUCUUAAUAGGAUCCAGGCCCUCGUUUUCUCUUUUUCUUUUUUGUUUAUCUUUAAGGCUUUAAAAAUCAUGCCAUUGUCAUUUAGAAUAUAAUUGUUUCAAUCAGAAGAACAUAACAAAAGCUACAUUUGCAAAUGGGUAUUUUCCUAGGAGCUUGAAAAGCUACCGCAGGCAGGUGUGUAAUAAGUUACUGUCUAACUGAGCAUUAGAAUUCUGCUUCCAGUCAGCAUUCUUGGUUUGGCUGCGUUGAAAUCAGAGUCUAUUCUGGUAUUUGAUAGACAAAUAUGUGGGAAAUGUUGCUUUUUCAGCCUUUUCUCCCCUGUUAUUCUUCCAAACUGAAUUUCUUCUGUAAAACAGAAUCAGCCUGGGUUUUCUCGGCCUUGGUAAUCUGCCUGACCUGGGACUGUUACAGUCGCGUUGGAAUGGCCCGCUGAAGGCGGCGAGAGAAGCCAGUCAUGCUGCCCGAGGGACCCCUCAGGCCUUCCCCUCUAACUCAUCAUUACAUCUGCAUCAGACGGGCUUCAGGGAUGAGAACACCAUCAGCAGUUUCCUUCACAAAAAGGGUCCCGAUCCAGGUGUCCUCUGAACACGUGCACUUAAGAUACCGCAGAUGAGGGAGGGUGGCCUCCCUCCCCGUAACUGGCUUUUAGGUUUUUGGUUUGUUGUGGGUUUUUUUGUUGUUUUGUUUUUUUUUUUUUUUUUGGUUUUUUGUUUGUUUGUUUGUUUGUUUGUUUUUUCCUUUUUCAUCCUUACCAUGAAUUAAUUCCUCCAUUGAGGUAAUCAUGUUCUUUUAUAAAACUGAGAACAGCCAGCCUCCCCGGGUGUCGCACCUAACGAGGUGUGAGCGAGGAAGGUGCUUUUCAGUGUGUAUUUUGUCAGAGCUAGAGUCAGAGACGGCAUCUUGCCAGCACCCACUUGACUGCGGCUCAGAUCCUCCUGAGGGCCCCUCUGCAGAAGGGAAGGAGUCUUUGAGGUAUGCGCAGUGUCUGGAGACUCGCGCUGUUAAUCCGAGUCGUGCUGAGGUGCCCACCACUCACACGUGUGUCUCCAACAUGAUCAAAGGCCCCAUGGAGUUAGUCCCGGAACAAAGCAGGGUCCUCCCGACGGGGAAGUCCCUCUAAAGCAAACGAACAGGAGGCAGAUGAGGCGAUCGUGCCUUUCUUCUUAAUUGUGUUGUCUUUUCAUUUCUGACAAAAGGCUGGCAUUGCGGAGGUCCCACCUGAAAAUCAUGCGCAGUUCUGAGUUUCAGAUAAACCAUUAGAAGACAUCAAAGUCGAUACACACUGCUCCUUUGAAAUUUGGGUAAAAAAAAUAAUUAUACAACCAUAUAUAUAGUCAUUUUGUAUUUUUUCUAUGUUGUGAAAACCAAAAUUGUAAUUUUAUAAGUCUUUGAUUCACUAAAAUUAUAUAAUUUAAAUGUAUUUUUUGUAUACCUGGAAAUAAGGAGCUCAAAAACUGUGCUUCACUUUCUAUGCAUGCACUUGAAAGCUGUUUUUAUCUGACAUCAAUGUAGUAGUAAGUUACACUCCUCAAACACUGAUAGGUGUUGCAUUCCAAAAUAAACUGGUUUGUGCUCUG